GUUCACCGGCGGGAAAGUGGUUGACGGCAGGACUGGCAUAACCUCUACGAGUGUUCGUCCUUGGAAAAGGAGGGCUUUCAGCUCUUACCGAAGGAGAGGGAGAUCAAGAGAGACCUCCAUUCUCUCAAUGACGUGUGGCGCCCAGUCCUCGCCCAGAUUGUGGAGCAAUUGCACAAAAAUCGUGCGAAGUACCUCCUCUUGACCGACUACGAGCGCUGGGCACUCUUUACACUGGAGGACAAGCACUCGAUCUCGGUCUCGCCCCUAUUCUACCGUGACAGGGCCAACAUUCCCCCGCGCGAUGCCGUGAUAGACCCUACGAGAGUCGACUAUACCGCCGUCGUGAUGGAGGUCAUCCUGGCGCUCAUCCUGUCCGCGGUCCCGUCGCUUAAGCCCGACGAUCUCUGGCAUGACACGGUUGCUUUGAUCGAUGACCCUCACCCCACUAAACGCAAGUAUGAAGAAUCAGAAGACGAGGAACGUCAGGGGCCCUCACGUCCCGGCAAGAAGUCGACAAACCGCAUGGCACACCCCGCCGAGCGGCACGGCACGUCCACACUGACGAUCUCGCAAGGACCAUCUCUCUUUGCUGCCGGCGAUGCGCCAAAAUACUCUGUGUUACCGCCCGAUUCCGACAUUCAUGGGACGCUCCAUGUGCCUGCCAGCGAGCUCGAGCUCGUCGAACGUGUCCUCGCCCUCGGUCUGGUCACACAGUCGUCCGACACGUCGUUCUCAUCCGACAACGCAGCAUCUCUCUCUCUCUGCACCUCACUCUCUCGCACGAAUGAGUCAACCUCGUCUAAGUUGUCUGUCUCAAUUGAAUUGAGUGCGUUUCUCGGCCGCGGCCGCACAUGGGACGCCUUCGAGGCCACUCUCGCCGUGCACCAACUUGGCGCCCCCAUUGCACGCAUCCCGGCCGUUGUAAAGCACAUUGACCUUGCAUGUCUCAAGACUGCCGAACACCUCAACCGAGGCUACCAGGAGCUCAGCCGCGUGCUCAAUGCUGUUGACCGCGAAAGGGACCUCCUCCAGCUCCUCGACGAGCGCGCACCGGGAAUUGCGCCCCAGCUUUAUGCGCUUUGGAGGGUGGGAGACCAUUUUCUUCUCGCGAUGGAACACUGCGGGCGAGCCGUCACGUUCGACGCUAGCACGCUCGAUCACGAGACCAAGCGCGCCAUAGUGCGCGCGUACGGCUGCAUCCACGCUGCCGGCGCCGUGCACGGCGAUGUGCAGCUGCGGCAUCUAACGCGUGACCGUCGCGGCGCGCUCCGCAUUGUGGACUGGGAGGGCGGAUGCAGGGUCGAUCCACAGUCGGCUGAUGGCUCUUCCGCGAUCGGGCGUGAGAUGGACGAGGUGCGUCGACGCUGCGCGAUAAGGUAACGAUGUGAGCAGUGUAGCAGUACAAGAGCGCCGAACAUGUCAAUGGAUCCAGUGGUGGUUUCCUGGGUGAAGCUGCAGGUACACAGGUAUUACCUGCACACUCGAUCUAGGUCAAGUCAAACUGGCAUUA